AUGAAAAAACAAACCGUGUCGGUCAUCUACAACCCAUCGUUGGCGGAAUUUAGGGACGCGGUCGAAGCAAAGCGACCAAACCUUGUCUACUGCUGCGGGUCGUCAUUGCAGCAUGAAGGCCAGCUGGCGACAAGCACGGUUGGGCCCUUCCAGUUUCGCGAGAAUCCACAGUCGCCAUAUAGAGAGUUCAAAGGCCAACGACACGCCCGGACCCAAACCCAAGUCCAUGAGAGCCGGUCUCGGACUCGAGCUGUACACCUUUCUUUUAAGCCCUUGGACUCCAUCAUUGCAGCUCCGUUACUGCUAGGCGGGUUCUGUAAUGGGCAGGACCUGGGCGAAGCGGCGCUUUUAACGGCACUCGAGGAAGCACGUGCUGAGGUAGCGUACGUGGACGCGGAGGUGUCGGCGCAUUUCG